GGCAGCGUGGCCCGCGUUCGGGUCGGUUCGGCCCAUGUUCCAAUAAGUGUGCGUCGUGCGCGGCUCUUUUGGAAGUCCCGUUGUGUGUGUCUCUCAUUCCUAUCUCUCCGGGAGAGAGAGAAAAAAAUUUCUUCUGCGUCUUCGAGUGCGUGAUUUUUUUUUUUUUCGAGGCUACUGGCUCACCCGCCGUAAACCCAACGGGUGGCAAACACGCGCGCGCGCGUGCGGUGCGCGCUUCCUUUUCUUGCCGGGAUAGAUAACGCGAGUUCUUUUGGUGCGCAUCUUCAAAACGAGCGUGCGCAAGUUGUGUGGAAAGUGUCCGAAACCACGAUGGCAGCCUCGGCUGCCCCCCAAGCGCCGCGGCAGUGUCGUACUCGUAUGGGAUGCACUGUGUCGACCUCGUCGCAUGCACCGGAGACAAGUGUUUGUGCCGAGCAUUCGUGGAUUCGGUACUUAGCCGUCGUCUUGUGCCUGCUCGUGCCGAGUGUCGCGUCUUCUUCUCACCUGCCGCUUCUGUCGGGCACUCUGAAGACGUUCCAGAAGUUCGCCUGCGACGGCCAGGAGCUGCAGCUGCGCUGCUUCCGCAACACGAGCAUCUCCAUCUCGGUGGCCCAGUACGGACGCUCCGUGCCCUACCACAUGUUGUGCCCGCCGCCGUCGCACGAGGAAGGGGGCGCUGCGAGCGCAAAAUCGGCACAAGAGUACAACGGCAGCGUCGAGUGCAUCGCUAAAGAGGCGCUGAGGGUGGUUGAGGCAGCGUGCCGGGAGAAGGAAGAGUGCACAGUCAAGACGGACGCAAAGUCGUUCAUGGUGGACCCGUGCCCUGGUGUACACAAGUACGCCGAGGUCGCCUACAAGUGCCGACCGACCACAUUUUCAAACCGUAUAGUGUGCGAGAACGACGUCCUCAACCUGCGUUGCCACAAGAAUCUGCGCAUCGUCAUCUACUCGGCCAAUUUCGGUGGCACCGAAAAGGGCGUGCCCGAAUGCCCGCAGAGGCAGGACGUCAAGCUAUCCGAUUGCCAGGUGAGCUACGCUACCGAAACGGUCCUCACGACGUGCCACGGACGGCGCAAGUGCACUGUGGCAGCCGACAUGGGCACCUUCGGCAAUCCAAGCUGUCACAAGGACUCCAGACUCUUCCUAAAGGUUGUUUACACCUGCGUGCCGAAGGAGAUACUGAAGGACUUGGAUAUCGGUGGCAGCGACUCGGCCAAGGAUAAACUGGACGAAGACGAGGAAGGCUACGUGGAAGAGGCCCGCUACCAGCCGUCCACUUUCAGUCCCGCCGGAGGCCCGUACGCAUCGGCCAAACCUCUGCCAGCGGUGCCAAUGGACCGAAACAUGCUACCAGUGCCACCGAACAAGAAGAACGACGUGCAGAGUGACAGGACCGCCGAAGACGACAAGCACGUUAACUGCACGUUGGGCGGCAACGGUCAUCGAGCUGUGGGCUUCGUCACCGAAUGGGUCGCUGCAUACAAAUUUAUACGAGCGAACAAGGAGAAAUUCAUCCUAUAUGUGACGCUGAGCGUGGGCUGCGGCGUGGUCGCCUUCCUCGUGGUGCUGUCGGCCCGGCUGUACGUGCAGCGACGCCGGGACAGGCAGCGGGCCAAGGCCAAGUGUUCGGAACCGUUGUCCUGCUCCUUCGACGAUUCUGAUGGUGGCGGUGGGGGCGGGGACCAGUUCGACGUCACCGGCACCGGGGGCCGUCACGCCCACACCAUCGAGGUGGUGCGGUACGCCAACAGGUCCGGAAUGCGUCGCCAAGACAGCGACACGCAUCCUCGGGCUCCCAUGUCGCGGUCCAUGAACAACUACUACUACAGCUAGUGGUAAUGGGCCGAGGAGGUGACACGUUUCGCGCUACCCCUGUUUCUUUAAUUCUUUAUUUUUUUCCCCCGUUCCUCGUCUGGUCACCCCCUCGAGCCGCCGACGUGCGCGCAGUCAGGAUCAUGUAGACGCCAAAGAUUAACUGUACGGGACUGAACUCAAGCGAGUGGAUUAACAGCGCGUCUCUGUGUGAGAACUCAGCCGAGAUCGUGUCGUGUCGAGUAGGCAGUGGUUGUGCCAGCUGCUUGGUGACUAUGCUUCUGCAAAAUGCCACCGAUUCGUCUGCAUCUCGCUGUGUGCGUUGGUGCAAGAGGAACCACAAAUGGAAGGCUGAACAAAUGACCAGUGUUUUGAAGGUGUCUUAACAGUCUGCGUUCGUUCGUCGUAUCGGCGCGCCAUCAUCUGUCUACUCCAGAGGGCGCUGUCGUCAGUGGUAUUUGUACAGAAACGACAACGCAUAGCAGUAAGCACUGGCGCCACCUGUGAGGUAUUGAAGAACUGUAUCAGUAUGUGGAGUUCGCGCUUGUGCUUGACAGCUGGCGACUUAUCUUCCGCCGGCAUCAUAGUGUUGACGGGUGUGAAAACAUGUGAAAGUCUUUUGUGCUUGCAGGAAUUUCGCCUGCUCACUGGAAUGUCACCAUCUGUUUCUGGUAGGAUUCUUGUAGUGGGACGACGAGUUUGCGGUGCUCUUGAAAGCUAAAUGCAUCAGACGAAGAUCCCCCAUAGCGCGACGAUGAGCUUCAAUUAUUUUGUGCAAAGGCCACACUAGACUCUUGUGAAAGUGAGAGACGCGACAUGAUCUGUCCGCGUUUUUCAUUCACAAUAUUUUUUUUUCGUUUUCCUCUUCUGUCGUUAUUUCGUUCCUAGAAACGUCACUAUUUUGUGUGCAGUAAUAAUUUCGUUCUCCGGAGUGUGCAAUCUCUUUCUUUGUUAAUUUUGUCGAGAAAUGCGUUUAAGAAUGAAUUAUAUUUGUGUCAGCAUGUUUCUCUUUCUGCGGCAAAGUACCGCAAGUUGUUCAGGGGAAAUGAAGUGUAGAUUUUCGUUUGCGUUAUCAUAUAGUCAGGAACUGUGUAAUUAUUUAUGACGCUGUUUUAUACGGAUGAUUCUUAUGAUAUAAAUAUAAAAAAAGUGUUGUAAAAUUAUCCAACAGAUAUUAACACUAAUUUCCAGACCAUAGAUAUGUGUUGCACCACGACGUGCCUUCAGCAUCUGAUCUUUAGACGCGGCAACACUAAUUGUGUUUUAUUUUCGCUGUAGAAUAAAGAUUGCGCCCCGUUUCCGCACUCAUUUAAGUAAUUGUGGCGUAUAUUUGAGCAGAACGUAAUACAAAGGCUUCACUUCCCUGAAUGUCUCGCGUUGGCAUUAAUCGUCAUAUUAUACUGACACUGAUGGGUCAAGCAUGGCUUGUGUAAAGAUAUCCGCGUUCAUUGAACUGCGACCUGGCUUUCGAACAAAUACGUAAUCGACUAUUUCAACAAGGACCUGCGAGCCACGUGUCUUCUAACAUCAUCUUGUCAUCUGUAACAGCCAGAGGUACAACUGUGUGCUUACAGGCUUGUACAUCAGUGGUUUGUUUGUGUAUGUUGUUAGUGCUUCCACAUAACUUAUUUACACUCAUUCUGUUCACAUUAUCACCUUGUUACAGACCCAUUAAACUAUGAGGCAAGCAAACGGGUAAAUGUGGCACCAUUUAACUGAAAACACCCCACCAUUCACAGAGGGAACGUCGUUGAGAACAGAUUUUGGAGAGUCGGGCUUAGGGUAUAGGCAGAGCACUUGUGUGUCCUUCUUAUGCUUAUAUUACGUCAUCACGUCUGAUUAACGCACAUAAGCCUGACGUCAUUAGUUUGUGUGUAACGUUACUGCAUUUCGUCCCCACGUGUGUACCCUUAGGGAUAGAUCACUUUCCAGAUCUGCUUUACAGUGAAGCGGUAUAGAAGCUCUGUGGAGCAGGUUUUACUGCUUAACCAUAGGGUACGGGGCACCCCGAGGGAUCACCUUUCCGGCAGAGUACAAAGGGAUUGGUACCAAAGGUUGACGAAGUAGCAGUCUUGGUGGCUUGCUUUCAAACAUCGUCACUUUCUGUUGAUCGCGAGCCAAACGACGAAGAAAUUGUGUGUAGCUUUGUAGAAAUAUUUAUUCAGGCCAAAAACCUGGCGAAUUGCUUUUACUGCUGAGCAUUGCUUGUUUUAGUCAGUGUUCUCUCGUAACUGAGAAUGAUGGCAUGCGUUCGAUGGCAGGAGUGCUCAGACAUGCGACAUGAACUUUUGAUCCUAAAGUGCUGGUGUGUGUGAUGGGCGGUUAGAAGAUUUCAGCAUUAUAGUCGUGGGAUUUUCUUCGAACGGCAUGGCCUCCAGAACGCCGUCAUCCAACUUCUUAAUGUUUGUCUGAAAAAACUUUUUCCGUGUCAGUGCGUCAAGUAGAGGCGAAGUUAAUACAUAUGUCUAAUACCGGAUGUAUUAACGUCACGUUUAGUCUGUACAGGGAGGCAUAUCGUUGCUUUUCCUUCUGGUGUAUUAUACCUUUUGAGGAACGCGUUCAAUUAGGAGGCCAUGAGCUCUGUCUAACACAGGGUCAGCAGUUUGUGCACAUGAUUUGACAUAGCAAAGACUGAAUUUUAUUCGAAUAAUUAUGCAGUGUGCAUGAGCGAUCUGUUGAGAUUGGGUUUGAUGAUAUAAUUUCCUCUUACGCACAUUUACACAAGCAUGAUGUGUCCACAAGUCUUUGCACGAUUUUGUUGGUGGUACGUACUGCUGCAUUUCGACUUGCAAGAUUCAGACCAGUGCUCACUGUGUCUUGUUUCUGUAUAGACUGCACUAGUGUGUAUAACUUGUACCAUAUAUGUUGUAAGUAUUCGUGUGCUUAACUUGUGCACAUGGGCAUUUUUUUUUUGGCAGACAUAUGUCGCGCUGUACAUCAAGAUACUUCCUCCUCUCUGUGACGAUGGUUUGGUGCAAUCUCUGUUUGGUAAAUGCAGGAGUCUGAUUUUUGAUGCGCUUUCUCUAUCACUAUUUCAGUGUGCGACUAUGUUUGGUGGGCCAUGUGUAUGCAUACUUUCAAAAUUUUGUUAUGAAAUAUUGUGCACACCGGUAAACAGAUGCGAGCAUGUAUUCAAAAGACGACUAAGUGAAAGCAGCACUAAAUAAGAAGGGAACUGAGCAUUAAUGAUGCCUCUUCUAAUACACGGAUGAAAUAUCCUCAGCAUCCGUUCAACGUUUGGUAUUAUUGGGAACACAAAAUUAAUCAAUGGCUGUCUCUUCGUAGCUGAAAGUUUUAAAUAACGCUGUUUUCGGAAUGUGCAGGACACCUUUAGAGCUGAAAAUGAACUUUUCAAAUCUAGAAUUCUGAUUCUGGUGGAUAAAGGAGGAUUUUUAGUUUGCCAUUUUUUUAAAAUGAUAUCCCCCUUAACACUCAAGAAAAAUGGUUGAAUGGGAUGCUGUGAUUUUAUGCCGUUGGAUUUUAUGUUCAUAGAAAUACCGCAUAAUGAUUAUUUUUAUGGUGCGCACAUGCGAAUGUACGAGGCCUUGUUUUCUUCUUUAUCUCCUGUAAAUCUCCUGAAAAGUUAUGCAUUAUUGUUUUUUUCAGUAUGAGCAAGCAGUCUUCAGGGUUCAUUUUCUUAGAUGUGCUGUAGUGCACAUCACCAGCAUAAGUCUGCUGAAAGGUCAUUACAUACAUAAUAUUACUGAGUUUUGAAACGAAGAGUAUUGUUUGUGGAGCACAAUAUUUUUCUUUAGUAAAGAAAGAAACACUGUUCGAAAAACCUAUUGUAAAUAGAAAGUUAGCUAACUUAGUCUGGGCUAUGUGCAAAAUUAGGUAUGGAGAACAUAUGUAUUAUAAUAAUUCCUGCGAUUUUUAUACUCUUUCUUUAAAUUUUCUAGCAAAGGCACUUCUGUUGAAGGAGUUUCUUUAAACACAUUCUUGCGUUAUCCGUUCUCUCGCACACCUCGUACGUUUAUCAAAUGUAUAAUGAAACAUAUAUAGUUGUAAGCGGUAUUACCUAACUUUAUAUAAUUUCCAUGGCCGCAUCCUAAGUUAUCUGCACACUUAAGAGAUAUUACUUUACGCUCUUCUGGAUGAAAUUUUCGUACAAUAAUAUUGCCAGUGCGACUUUUGCAUUGCAUUCUCGGUUUUCAUGACCACAUGGGGUUGAAAUACAUAAUUCAUUGUUCGUAUUUUUCCUACGUUUUUAGAAAAUUAAUGAUUCACUUUAAAGACAUUAGUAGCCAACCAAGACCGGGGCAACAGUAUUAUCCCGCUUUGUAAAUUUUACUGCUCUCAAAAUUGGGAGUCAAAUAUCAGUUAUUCUAUUACAUAAUUUGUGAUCGAAUAGCAAGCGAUGUUAGGCUGUUUAAUUUAGUGAACUGUCUGACACAUCUGAUAAUUACGAAAUGUUAGAAAGGAACGUGACCGCUCUUCAUGAUAAGUUGCUGCAGUUUUAUCUUGCGACACUUGCCUUUCAGUACGUUACAGAUAGUAAGCAUCCCACAAGCCUCGCCUUGGGUUCGUUUAUUUAAACUUCUUGAACGCAUGCUGUGCCAAAUAUGAAGCACCGACAUAGCCAGACACUUCACAGUCUGCCAAGUUAACUUGAGAGCGAUUUGAAUUGUAUUUAUAAGUCGAGCUGAUACUGGAAAGUGUUCAAAAAGAAAGCGGCUGUUGAACAAACUCGCUGUUCCACACAUACUGUUGCUAUCUGCAAAUGGUCUACAAGGAUAUUUUUGCGUUUAUGUACAGUAUUUAUUUUGGAACCUGUGAAUGUACGACGUCAGUAUGUGAGGUUUAUGCGUGGCCAAUUUCGAUAAGUGUUAUCGCUUUGUGCGUGGGUUUCAUUGAAGUGGCAAGGACAUUACGGAAACUUGGAAAAUGAGUUUGGCGUGCUCAUUUCGGGUGCCUUGCAAUGUGUCUUUUAUCUUAUUAGUGAUACACUACUCGGGGCAGUGAGAUUAUUUUCCUUAAACUCCCCCGUAGUUUGCGAAGUGUUUUUUUCCCUUUUAAUACGCCGAAUUUAUGUUAUUAACAAUUAAUUUUUCUUUACUUGAUAAACGGAAACUUUUCUCAUGCCUUUUCCGAAGAAAAAAAAAUCAGAGAGCUUCAGUUUUUGACGCAGCUUCUUGCUUCCAGCUGAACGUUUCAAUUCCCUGUGAUAUGAUCACAAUGGGAAGACAUAAGUGUUAAGAAAAAGUUUAAGUACGAGAUUGACUUAACGUGUAAAUAAAUACAAAAAUGCUAGGUAAUGAUGUGCGACCGCAGUUUUUUCGAACUGUGCGAAAACCAUGUUUUCUGCAAGACUAGGCACCCAAACGAUCCUCGCACAACGGGCCCUGUGACCGCUUCUUCAUGAUCGGUUAAGUUUUGUUAAAACAUACUCAGGGCAACGAAAAUAAAAUGAACGAGAAUUUACAACACUUCGAUUAAUAUAAAACAAACUAUAUGAAGUUAGCGUUCCUUUUGUUAGAUACUUAUAAAGUUUCUUGCUGCAUCAGAAGCAAGCUUUCACCGGCUGACUUGUUGCCAAUAUCAACAUAGAUUUGUUGUAUUUUUCUUUUGAUUGUAUAUUCAAACCUGAUGACAUAUUUUCAUUUCACAAUGCGAUGGUAAAAUUUGAUUGCUUACUGUGAAGGAAAGUGUGCAAAUAUUUUACGUUACAUCGGCGGAGAAAAAAAGCAAUAAUGUGACACUGGUUAUAAUAUCACAGGGCAAUCUUGUUUGCGUGUACCGUAACUUUAGAUUAAGACGCAAGUAGCAAACAAAGCAAACCGAAAUACAUUUUAACUACAAUUUCUGCAAUGUGCGAUGUGAGAUUGCAUUCGCAGCUUGUCGAAAAACACGGUUAAUGUUCAUAAGUUGUGUGUUAAAGGCCGGGUUACUGGUGUGUUACAAAUUAUCUUGCAAAUUGUUACGCUGAAGAAGUAAAACCACUCUGUGUAGUUGAUUUCAGUGAGUUUGCAUUUCAACCUGCGUGGAUGGUACGUCGUGUAACGCAUUUAUGUGGCGAUCAGGCCGUAAUCUCUGCAGAGACUAGAAAGCUGCGUUUAUUUGAAACAAAAAGAUGCAUGCUAGUUUAGAAGACCGUGUAAUGGCGUUUUUGUAAUGUUUUGUAUGUAUCAGCUAGUCUUGUGUGCAUGUGUGCCAAGGGUUGUCAUAAAGAUUGUGGGGGCCGGUAUUUGCCGUACUUGCUCAAUGUCCCACAACAGGGGAUGGCAUAUCUUCCAAGCACACGAAUUCAAAAAAAAAAAGAAAGAUGAAAAAGUGGGUGCCGAAUGAAUUAUCGAGCCUCCAUGAGUGAAAGGUCAACUGAAACUUCUGUUGUGUGUAAAUAAACAGUACCUUUGUACCGAGAAUCUACCAAA